UUCAUCAAUAAAAUCUUUCAUUUCAUUGGAAUACGACAGAAUUUCCAAUCUUGACAACACAUGUCGACGAUGUCGGCGAAGCAUUGGAAUUUUCCACUCCAAAAUCCUCUGACAGAGUAGUUGUCUACGGGGGAUUGAUCGUCAAUUUUGGAAAAUUUUCAGAUAAAUUCGCAAAGAUUCUCUCCCUUUUGAGAAAGUUCGCGUGCGUGACCAUGAGCGUGGAGGACAGUGAACAAGUGGAGAUGCUGGAUCUGCUGGCGUACAACUGCAAUCACUUGCGGCACGAACUGAAGGGCGCUCAUGGUCCGGACGAGGAAGAGGAGAUUCUCAAGGUCUACCUGCGGAAGGCGGACGAGACGCACCAGCCCAUCGGGGACUUCAAGGAGGACCUGGACUGGUUCAACGUGGAGGACCCGCUGACGCUGAGCGACUCGCUGCAGGGGAAGAUUGUGGUGCUGGACUUCUUCACGUACUGCUGCAUCAAUUGCAUGCACAUUCUGCCGGAUCUGAAGCGGCUGGAGGAGAUGUUCACUGUGCAGGACGGCCUGGUGGUGAUUGGCGUGCACAGCGCCAAGUUUGACAACGAAAAGGACUCGGCCAACAUCCUGUCCGCAGUCCAACGGUACAACAUCACUCAUCCUGUGGUGAAUGACGUCAACUCAAGCAUGUGGAAUGAGCUGAACGUUCAGUGCUGGCCAACUCUGCUGGUUCUAGGUCCUCGGGGAAAUCCGCUGUUUGUACUCAUGGGCGAGGGGCAUUUCGAUCUCCUGGUGAAGUACAUCCGCUCAGCAUUGCAAUUUUACCAGGAGUCCGGAGUGAUCAGGCCCCAAAGCCUGCCCAUCAAGCCCUCAACGGAUCUUCUGAUGAAGACCAACCUCAAGUUCCCGGGGAAGAUUGCCUGCUCCAAGAGCAGCGAGAGCGAGGACAUUGCUGAACUCUACGCCAUAUCAGACUCAGGGAAUCAUCGGAUCAUCGUGAUAAAUCCUCAGGGAGAGGUGCUGCAGAAGAUCGGAGGCAAGGCUCCGGGCUUCGUCGAUGGCUCCUUCAAGGUGUGUCGCUUUGACUCGCCGCAGGGCAUCGUGUUCCUGGACAGUGACACUAUCUUCGUGGCCGACACGGAGAAUCACGCCAUCCGGAAGAUCGAUCUGCGGACGAAGACCGUCCAGACGGUGGUUGGCACCGGGAAGCAGGGCACGGAUCGCGUUGGUGGCAAGAUGGGAACCGAGCAGGAGAUCUCUUCGCCUUGGGACGUGGCUGUCUAUCGCACGAAAGACAUGGACAUGUCGUUCCACAUGGACGAGAACGCAAUUCCCGAGAAGGUGCUGCUCCUCAUCGCCAUGGCGGGCACUCACCAGAUUUGGGCGUACUUCAUCGAUGACCUCAUCUGGUGGAAGUUCCGCAAGUGCUCGGCCGGGACGUGUGCCAUGAUCGCGGGCAACGGGAACGAGGAGAAUCGCAACAACGCUUAUCCCACGAAUGCCUCCUUCGCGCAGCCGUCCGGACUGGCCGUGGCCAGGGACGCCAAGGAGCUGUUCAUCGCCGACAGCGAGAGCUCGUGCGUGCGGAAGCUCUCGCUGAGCGACGGAAAAGUGUCUGGCGUUGUGGGUGGCGAGAGAAAUCCCCAGAAUCUCUUCGCCUUCGGCGACGUGGACGGGAAGAAUGUGCUGGCCAAGCUGCAGCACCCUCUGGGCGUGACUUACAAUCCCAAGGAGCGUCUCUCCUACGUGGCGGACACGUACAAUCACAAGGUGAAGCGAAUCGAUCCGCUGGCGCAGAGCGUCGCGACACUGGACGUGCUGGGACACUCCUUUAACGAGCCAGGAGGACUCUGUGUGAAUCCCUCCGGCAGUCUCCUCUACGUGGCGGACACGAACAAUCACACAAUCGAGAUCAUUCAUCUGGCCACUCUUGAGGUCAAGCCGCUCACCAUUUCCUUCAACGCGGCCGGAAACGACGCAAUGAAGCACCCAGGAACACCUCUGCAGUUCGGGAAGUUGACCCUGAAACCGCUGGGCGGAAAAAUUCGCCUCUCUAUGAACCUCGUCCUCGAGCAGGACUUGGGAUUCACGGAAGAGGCGCCCCAGAAGUGGAACGUCUAUCUCCCCAAUGACUCGUGGUACGUGAACCAGCAGAACGGCUCUCUUCGCAAAGGCCAGACAGUGGACAUCGAUAUUACGGUGCCUCCAGCGAGCUCCAAGCUGCAGCUGGACAACUUCAGCGUCCACUUCAAGCUGGCGUUGUGCGCUCGAAGCCUCUGCUUUCCGCGCUCCUUCUCAGUCGCAUUUCCCGUGAGUUACGAGAGUGGCGGCUUGGAUUGUAUCAUUGAGGACGUUCUCGUGAAGAUCGACGAGACAAUGGUGAAAUUGUAGCAUUGUGUUUAAUCGUUUUAUACCACCCACAAAGAGAAAAACAAUAAAGCCUUAUGUGGAGCCAUUUUA